AAUAAUUAAAAAAAAAAAAUAGAGUUAAUUCUUAAUUAGUUUUUCAAAAGUGGUAUAUUCCGGUUGACACGUGCGUCAUAAUAUCCGAGAGCACAAAAGCACACUCUACCUCGUUCACGCCGAGUUUUUUUUAGGCGCACUAUAGUUUUGUCGCGAUGAUGCGGCUCAAUAUAGUCCCUCCCAUCUGGUGCCGGCUAACGUACGCACCCACCCCGCUCUCUCCGCUGGCACAUAAAAUCCUGGGAUUCUGUUUAUUCUCAGCUCCACUUUGCAGCAACCUUCUCUCUUCUCAGAGAUUACUAUUAAUGCCCUAAUUCUUCGGGGAAUGUCGAUUCGGAUCCUAAAUCAUACCCGCUCUUGCUUUGAAAACGGAAUAAUUUCGGAGCCGAUUCGGGUUCGUAUUUAGGUAGCUGGGGUUUUUGUUUUUUCGUUUUUCAAACAUCUGUAAUUCUGUAUUGAUGGUGGGGGAGAAUUUGACGGAGACUUGGUUUGCUAGUUUAUGGAAAAAUUCACGUAAGAGCAUAUCGCGCGAACCCGAAAGACAAUCGCUCGGUAUUUUAGCAUUCGAAAUCUCGAGAUUGAUGUCGAAGUUGGUCAACAUGUGGCAGUUCCUCACCGACAGACAAAUCCUUCGUUUGCGGGAAGAGAUUGCGAACUCGGUCGGGAUCGAGAAGCUUGUUUCGCAAGAUGAAGGCUAUCUUAUGGAUCUAGCGUUUUCUGAAAUAAUCGAGAAUUUGUCGAGUGUCGCGAAAUCAGUGUCCUUACUUGGAAAGAAGUGUGCAGAUCCGAUUUACCACAAUCUUGAAACGGUUUUCGAUAACCCGUUGGAGAUUGAUCCGAAAUGGUGUUUGUGGCAAUAUAGACUGAAGAAGAUGGAGAAGAAAAUCAAGAAAAUGGAGAAGUUUGUGGCUGCGACCGAACAAAUGUACCCGGAGAUUGAGGUUUUGGCGGAGCUCGAGCAGAGCCUGAGGCGAAUGCGAGCUGGCGCCAGCUCAGCAAAAGUGAGGCUUCUAGAAUUUCAGCAGAAGGUUCUAUGGCAACGGCAAGAAGUCAGGAAUCUUCGAGAAAUGUCACCUUGGGUAAGAACGUACGACUACAUCGUUCGACUUCUUCUCAGAUCUUUAUUCACAAUUAUCGAAAGAAUCAAGUGUGUUUAUGGGGUUGAGGGAAAUGACAAUUUUGCCCCCAUCCCCGGUGAUUGCCUAGUUCGUAAUGAUUCCAUGCAAGAGAACAGUGCGUCUAGGAUUUCUGUAGGGAGGUCGUUUUCGAGUUUAGGGUUUGGCGGUGAAAAUAGCAAAUCGAAGAGCAAGAAACAGCAUUUCUCGAAAAGUGGAAGAUUCGGUGCUACAGGGUGCAUGACGGGUGGAAGUGAAUCUCCUGUUGCUUAUAUAAAAGACGUAUAUAAUAACAAGACUUGUCCUAAAGUAUCAUCGUUAUUUAAUUCGAAGCGUAUUAUAUCGAACGCUCCUCAAUCGACUCUCGGCUAUGCUGCUUUGCAUCUGCACUACGCAAAUGUCAUAAUCUUGAUCGAGAAGUUAUCUUCGUCUCCUCAUUUGAUCAGCCUCGAUGCAAGAGAUGAUCUCUACGGUAUGCUGCCUUCAACUCUCAGAAAUUGUCUGAGGGCAAAGCUGAGGGUAUUUUCGAGAAAUUCAGUUUCUUGUACUGGAUACGACGCUGACCUGGCGGCCGAGUGGGGUUUAGCAAUUGCGAGGGUAUUGGAUUGGCUUUCGCCGCUUGCUCAUAACAUGAUCAGGUGGCAAUCUGAACGGAAUUUUGAACGGCAGAGAUUCGUUUACGGGUCGAAUGUUCUUCUUGUACAGACGCUUUAUUUUGCAGAUAGAGUAGAGACGGAAGCGGUGAUUGUGGAACUGUUGAUGGGCGUAAAUUACCUUUUUAGAUUUGGCAGAAAAAUUGACGAGAAACCGUACAGAGAGUCUUCGUGCAAUGGGGCUUAUGACGGCUAUUUAUUUCCGAGGGGUGGUGUGUACUGCAACGUGAUUGAUGAUAACAGCAUAAGAGAGCUUUCUUGAUUGGUUCGACGCUGUGUUUUCAAAACUAGGUGCUAUAAAUUUAACGAAAGACGGUUUCUUGAACAAGCAAGUGUCUUGAUGAACUUCGAUCUUCAAACUUCGUCCGAGUUUUAUUUGAUAUCACUAAAGUUAAUUCGAGAGUUUAUUGUCGUAAUAUCGUACUAAAUGUUGUAAUUUGAUGUAUAUGUUGAAGAACGUUAGAUGAAGAACACCUUGAACUCGAUGUA